UCAGAUCGCAAGCUACUCAUAAUAUCCAUCCCCCCGCUGCCAUCACCCAACUUUCCCUUGCUUCUCUUUCGAUCUCCAGCUCUUCGGAAGCGCUCUUCGGGUGCGCCAUUGAGUCGCAUUGUCUCUGCUGCGUUUGCUGUCUAAAACAGUCAGCGAGGGCGGCAUUAAGAAGAGGAUACGAGGAUGACAUUACUUGAGCAUAUGCACAUCGUUUCCGGCGUGCCUGUGAAGCUCUUUGGGUAUACGGAAGGCAGAGCCCCUGUGCGGUUGGGGAUUCUGUUUACUUAAUCUUAUUAAAAAGAUUCCCUUGUCGAAUGUUAUGCUGCUCUACCCCAUUCCGAUCCGUUGAGAUCCAAAUUAAAGUGAAGUCUUUAAACCUGGACCUGCUCGGCGGCAUCACUGACUCGGUGUUGGUAACCUCCUGCGAAACUAACAUCUGUACCGCUUGUCAGCGGGAGAGCUGAAUGGACCGCUUGUAACCGAAGUAUUAGCAAAUUAAGUUAAUUUCAUUUAACUUAAUGUUUCUUGUAAGUAAUGCGAAGCAGCCCUUGGUUUUGAUGAAUGGCGUAGAAUGAAGUGAUUUAGGAGCUGGCAACUGGAAUUUAUAUGAGGCGUGAAUCAAACAAGGCUGCUCCAAGGAAGUAUCACUGAGAAAAAAGAAAAGAAAAGAAAAAGAAAAGGUGGAACUUAGUCCUCGCUGAAAGCAGAUUGUUGAGGUCGGUAUAUUUGUAGACUAGAAUUGAAACAUCCAGGUUUCGAUUCAGUAAACCAGGUUCUUUAACCGGGUAUGUCUCUUAAUCAGCAAUCUCAUCAACAUGCCGACAAUGUUCGGCUUCCUGCGGAUGUGGAUUGGAACAUGCUCGAUAAGUCCAAAUUUCUUGUGCUUGGAGCUGCGCUUUUUUCUGGCGUUUCAGCGACCCAAUAUCCAGCUGUGGUUCUCAAAACUCGACAGCAGGUCAUGGCUGUGAACCAGUCGUGUACAUCUCUGGGUUUGAGCCUCCUGAAAACUCACGGUCUUCCGGGUCUCUACAAAGGUUUUACCACUUCCCUCAUCGGAACUAUCCCCGCCCGUUCAAUUUACAUGACUACAUUGGAGUUUACAAAGUGUCACGUCACUACUCUUGCCAAAAUCUUUGGAGGAAUGUCUGAUCCGGCUGCUGCGGCGGUGGCCAACGCUGCCGCUGGAUUGACGGCCUCAUUCGCUGCCCAGUUUGUGUGGACUCCUAUUGAUGUUGUCACUCAGAGACUUAUGGUGCAGGGAGGUCGUGGGGGUCUUUCAACUGAUUACAGAGGUGGGAUUGAUGCAUUUCGGACCAUUCUGAAGCAGGAGGGGGUGCAAGGGUUGUAUCGUGGGUUCUCUCUUUCUGUAGCAACCUGUGCUCCAUCGAAUGCUCUGUGGUGGGCGUCUUAUUGUGUUACUCAAAGGUCACUGUGGAUGUCGAUCUGUAAUCAGAGAAACCAGGAGGAAGGUUAUGAGCCUAGCUCACUUACGAUCAUUGGUGUCCAAGGUCUCAGUGCGUCGUUGGCGAGUGGUGUGUCGGCAGUAUUAACGACCCCAUUGGAUACAAUCAAAACCCGGCUUCAGGUUCUGAAGGGUGAGUGUGGCAGGCGUCCUAGUGUUAGAUGGACUCUGAAAACUCUUAUCGCCGAAGGAGGAUGGAAGGCAUUUUAUCGAGGCAUCGGUCCUCGUUGGUGUAGCAUGUCCAUUUCCGCUACAACCAUGAUCGUAACUUACGAAUUCCUGAAGCGGAUGUCUGCUAAGGCCGAGGAUUGAAGCAGACUGCCUUCAGGAAGAGCCAUUUCGAAGAAAUGCAUCCUAUCAACCCAGCUUACUUUCAGUUAUGGAGAAACAUGGUGCUGUAACUGGAGAGCACUUUCCUUUCCUAUCUAGAGUGUAGAGGGAUUUUUCAAUGAAGUUGUCGCCGAAGAGUUUGGCCCUUGAGGCGAUCUGUUGAGAACUAUCUCUUUGUUUGCUCAUGUGGUCACAGGAAAAAAGUCCUUCUAUGUCCGAAUGGCGACGCAGAUGCGGAUGUAGCUACUGCACGUUUGCAUACUGUACGCUUUCAUGCAUGAGAUCCUUGACUUUUUGUACAGUAUCCAGAUGUAGGUAGAGACAAAACAGGCAGCAGCUAGGCUGCGUUCCAUUGACGAAGCAGGAAAGUUUUUUCUCCGUGUCUUUGCUCAAGAUAGUUAGCUGCUGUAUAUUUUUUUCGUGUAAUGUAUGAUAAAAUUUCGUAAACUUGGA